AUGCCUUACGUAAAAAAGGUUUCACUUCAGAAGAAUACUUUCGGGUAUGGUUUCGCUUUGCGCAGCGAACGUCCUUGCGUUGUUGAUGUGGUUAUGCCGGAUUCUGUUGCUGCUGCGGCCAAUGUGACAUCUGGUGAUGCAUUACUGACCGUGAAUGGUGUGGAUGUAUCAAACAUGCCACAUUCGGAUGUUGCCUCGUUAAUUUGGUCAGCUGGUUCCACGAUUCGUAUUGAGAAAAUCGGGAUGAAAAUCGCAAAGGAGCCAGCUUUUGUUGAUAGCAUCAAAAAUGCGUUGCGCUAA